CCUUAUUACGAUUAUUUAUUCCUACCCAGACUGGGAAGAGAUGUUGAUUAGCACGAUAAUACCAGUGUGUUACACUUUUGGAAUAUUUGCUAUGUGCCAAACCGGAUUUGAUAGAUGAGAAGGCUGAAGCUCAGAUCAGCCACCUGUCCAGAGUCACACAGUAAGAAAGUGCAGAAACCGGCACUGUCCCUGACCCCCAAGCAGUCGCGGGGUCUCUAAGGGCCCCGCCCCCUCCCGCCGGGGCGGCAGGGCGGCCACCUCCCGCUUAUCUCGGCCCAGGCUGCGUGUGGUCCCGCCCCCUCGGGGGAGCUGCCACUUGGAGGCGCCUGGCCGGGAAGGGCCUGGUCAGCUGUGUCCGGCGGAGGCAGCUGCUGACCCAGCUGUGGAUUGUGCCAGGGGCGGAAGGGGAGCAGGGGCCCUGCGCCCCCCGUGGCGGGGGGUUGCAUCAUGGGUCACCUCUGGGCGCCCCUCUGGCCUGGAGUCGGCUCUCUCUGUCUCUUGCUCGCUGGGGCCGCCUGGGCUCCCCCACCCAACCCCCUGGACCCCAAGUUCGAAAGUAAAGCGGCUCUGCUGGCUGCCCGCGGGCCCGAAGAGCUUCUGUGCUUCACCGAACGGUUGGAGGACCUGGUGUGCUUCUGGGAGGAAGCGGCAAGCGCCGGGGUCGGCCCCGACAACUACAGCUUCUUCUACCAGCUCGAGGGCGAACCGUGGAAGCCAUGCAGCCUGCACCAGGCGCCCACGGCUCGCGGCGCUGUGCGUUUCUGGUGCUCGCUGCCUACGGCCGACGCGUCGAGCUUUGUGCCCUUAGAGCUGCGCGUCACAGCCGUAUCCUCGGGCGCUCCACGCUAUCACCGUAUCAUCCACAUCAACGAAGUGGUGCUCCUGGACCCGCCCGCGGGGCUGCUGGCGCGGCGGGCCGACGAGGGCGGCCACGUGGUACUGCGUUGGCUCCCGCCUCCUGGAGCCCCCGUCGCAAGCCUGAUCCGCUACGAAGUGAACAUCUCCUCAGGCAACGUCGCAGGGGGCGCUCAGAAGGUGGAGAUCCUGGAUGGCCGCACUGAGUGCGCGCUGAGCAACCUUCGCGGCCGAACGCGCUACACUUUUAUGGUUCGCGCGCGUAUGGCUGAGCCGAGCUUCGGUGGCUUCUGGAGCGCCUGGUCCGAGCCUGCGUCGCUGCUGACGGCUAGUGACUUGGACCCUCUCAUCCUGACGCUCUCACUCAUCCUCGUGCUCAUCCUGCUGCUGCUGGCCGUGCUCGCCCUGCUUUCCCACCGCCGGACUCUGAAGCAGAAGAUCUGGCCUGGUAUCCCAAGCCCUGAGAGUGAGUUUGAGGGCCUCUUUACCACCCACAAGGGUAACUUCCAGGUAGGUGGCCUGGUUGUCCCCUCGGGGCCUGGGGUUUCCCUGCUCCUGUGGCUGAACCAUAGGUCUCUGAGCAGGCUGGUGCUGUUUCCCCAGCUGUGGCUGUACCAGAAUGAGGGCUGUCUUUGGUGGAGCCCCUGCACUCCCUUUGCAGAGGACCCCCCCUCCCCCCUGGAAGUCCUCUCUGAGCGUUGCUGGGGGGCUACCCAGGCAGCGGAGCCGGGGGCAGAGGAGGGGCCCCUGCUGGAGCCGCUGGGCAGUGAACAUACCCAAGACACCUACCUAGUGCUGGACAAGUGGUUGCUGCCCCGGAACCCACCCAGCGAGGAUCUCCCGCGGCCUGAUGGCAGUUUGGACAUGGUAGCCAUGGAUAAAGGCUCAGAAGCCUCCUCCUGCUCAUCUGCCUUGUCCCUGAAGCCUGGGCCAGAGGGGGCUUUGGGUGCCAGCUUUGAGUACACGAUCCUGGAUCCCAGCUCCCAGCUCUUGCGCCCAAGAGCACUGCCCCCUGAGCUGCCCCCCACCCCACCCCACAUAAAGUACCUGUACCUCAUGGUGUCUGACUCUGGCAUCUCAACUGACUACAGCUCAGGGGGCUCCCAGGAAGCCCAGGGGGACUCAUCCACUGGCCCCUACUUGAACCCUUAUGAGAACAGCCUCAUCCCAGCCACUGAGCCUUCGCCCCCCAGCUAUGUGGCCUGUUCCUAGGACUCCAGCCCUCAGAUGCUUGGGGACCCAGCGUGACCUCAAGUGCUAGCCCAGGCCCUAGACUUAUUGAGCAGGGUUGGUGAGGGCUCCCUCAGGACCAGGGGCAUUGCUAACCUCGGCUUUCUGCCCAAUCCGUCCUGCUCAGUACAACCUUGGACUAUUUUAAAAUGUAUAGAGUUGUAUGAGUGUAUGUGUGUUUGUGUGUGUAUGUAAUUUUUUUCCCCCUUUCAUGACUUCUACAAACAUCCUUGUAGGCCCCAUCUUUCCCUGGGCCCAGACCAUAGGGGCAACGGUAAAAGGCCUCGAGCUCAGUCUGAAAUUCUGGACCUGGCGAUAUGAAUAAUAAUCCUAAUAGAAUGGAGGACUCAGUAUAUGUUAUACUAGCUGCCAUAACAAAAAAAAAAAACCUCCUAAAUAUGACUGGCUUUACACAUUAAAUGGUUUCUCUAUCAUAUUUCAAUGCAAGCAGGCAGGCAGCCAUUUCUGGGAUGAGUCAGAAGCCCAGACCCUGCUGGUCUGUAGAUGGACCCCCGGCAUCUUGCUAACCAAGCAGCAAAGAGAAAACAGAACAUGCUGGGGGCCAUUUUAGGGAUUAGAAACAGUCCCAGGACCCCAGCUUGGUCCAUGGACCGUUGUGGGGGGGAGGGGGGAAUGCAGUUAAGCUGUGCUCCCUGGGGGAAGGAAAGCUGUUGCCUGAGCCUCUGGCUAGUUUCUGCCACGAAUAAUAAUGAUAUCACUAAAUUAGACAUGACCUAGGAAACACGGGCAUAUGCAGGUGUUCUAGAAGCUCUACCAAAGCCACCCCUAGCUAAAUACCCUAAAAACUCUCACACGCGUGAGCCAGGACAUGUGUGCAAGAAUGUUCAUAGCAGCAGAUAUGUCCAUUUGAUGAAUAAAUUGGGAUAUGGUCACCCAUGGAA